CCCCACCCAUAAUAUUAUGAUAUGAUAUUCAAUUAUACCUUCUACAUCGAUCAUCAACUUUAAUAAUUUUGAUCGAACUUUACUCCACUUUUCACUUCUCUUUUUUUUGCUGAUAUAUUAGACCAACAUCUUGCUCAAUAAUAAUAGUAUAAACGAAUUACUUGUUCAUUAGUUUUUUGAUUUACUUGAUUUCUUUGAAGAGAAAAAUAAGAAGGUGAAAAUGGUGAUCAGUGAUACUACUUCUUCUGCAGAUGCUUCUAACAAAACGUUGUGUUGUACCUUUGCUUCUCGCUACGUUCGCGAUGCACUCCCUAGGUUUCAAAUGCCCGAUAAAUCAAUACCAAAGGAUGCAGCUUACCAAAUAAUAAAUGAUGAGCUGAUGCUCGAUGGAAAUCCAAGGCUGAAUUUGGCGUCAUUUGUGACUACUUGGAUGGAGCCUGAGUGUGAUAAGCUGAUUAUGUCUUCCAUAAACAAAAACUAUGUUGACAUGGAUGAGUACCCUGUUACAACUGAACUUCAGAAUCGAUGUGUUAAUAUCAUUGCACACCUUUUUAGUGCUCCUGUUGGAGAUGAAGAAUCAGCAGUUGGUGUAAGCACUGUCGGUUCUUCAGAGGCAAUCAUGCUGGCGGGUUUAGCAUUCAAAAGGAAAUGGCAGCAAAAGAGAAAAACAGAAGGAAAAUCUUGUGACAUGCCUAAUAUAGUCACAGGAGCAAAUGUGCAGGUUUGCUGGGAAAAGUUCGCUCGGUACUUUGAGGUAGAGCUGAAGGAGGUCAAAUUGAAAGAAGGAUAUUAUGUGAUGGAUCCAGAGAAAGCUGUGGAUAUGGUGGAUGAGAACACCAUAUGUGUAGCUGCUAUUUUGGGUUCCACCUUGACAGGAGAGUUUGAGGACGUGAAGCUUCUUAACGAUCUUCUGACCAAGAAGAACAAGGAGACUGGAUGGGACACACCCAUUCAUGUUGAUGCUGCUAGCGGUGGUUUCAUCGCUCCCUUUAUUUAUCCGGAUAUUGAGUGGGACUUUCGGUUGCCAUUGGUGAAGAGCAUUAAUGUUAGUGGUCACAAAUACGGCCUUGUUUAUGCUGGUAUAGGCUGGGUUAUCUGGAGGACCAAAGAAGAUUUGCCAGAGGAUCUUGUUUUCCACAUCAAUUACCUUGGAUCUGAUCAGCCGACUUUCACUCUCAACUUCUCCAAAGGUUCAAGUCAGAUCAUUGCGCAAUACUAUCAGUUGAUACGGCUUGGCUUUGAGGGUUACAAGCACAUCAUGGAAAAUUGCAGGGAAAAUGCAAAGAUGUUGACAGAAGAAAUAGAAAAGAUGGGGAAAUUCGAAGUGGUCUCCAAGGAUAUCGGUGUCCCAGUCGUGGCAUUUUCCUUAAAAGACAGCAGCAACUACACUGUUUUUGACAUAGCAGAGAGAUUAAAGCGCUUUGGGUGGAUUGUCCCAGCUUACACAAUGCCAGCCAAUGCUGAGCACAUUGCAGUGUUGCGUGUGGUAGUAAGGGAGGAUUUUAGUAGGAGCCUUGCAGAGAGACUUAUGUCCAACAUCCAUCAAGUACUAGAUGAGAUGGAUGCUCACCCUGUCGCGGUAUCUAGCAAGUCUUCCCAUGUCACCAUUGACAAGGAUAAAACACAAGGAGACAAGGUUGUUACCAAGAAAGAUGUUACAGAGACUCAAAAGGAAGUAACUAAGUACUGGAAAAAGCUUGUUGAUCGAACCAAGGCAAACGGAGUUUGCUAGUAACGACGUGCCCUCUCAGUUAUGAAUCUGUAUCAUGUUAUUGUAUCAUACAGUUUAUUUUGCGGGUCGAUCUUUCCUGAUUAAGGGAUUGCAAUUAUCUCCAGCUGGGGAAACAAAAGGUUGAAUGAAUGAAGUGCAUGAACUUCUGUUUUGCAUGUUAUCUCUUAAUCAAAAUAUAGAUUCUCACCAAGGGAUGCUCCAUAUAGGAGAAUUGUUGUGUGAUUUAAGAAGUAUAUUAGUACUACUCUUGGAGUGCUUAAGAACUAUAAAUGCUUUUUUGCAUUACUUUAUUUUUAUAUUUUAUUAUUAUAGAUCAUUAAUUUGUAUCCUGGUUGAAGUAAUGCUUAAUUUCUUGAUUAAUUGCUUUUCA